AUGCGGGUGAUAAUUUUCGGGAGUACUUGUUCACCAAGCUGUGCUCAGUUUGUGAAAAACCAGAACGCACAAAGGUUCCAGCACCAGUUCCCCAGAGCAGUUGAAGCCAUUGUGGAUGAGCACUACGUGGAUGAUAUGUUAUCCAGUGUAGAGUCAGAAGCCGAAGCGAUUGAACUAGCUGAAAACGUACGAUUUAUACACGCUCAGGCUGGAUUUGAAAUUCGACAUUGGCUAUCGAACUCACAACACGUGCAGGCAACUUUAGACACUGGAUCAAAUGCACAAAAAAGCUUGAACAUCGGCAACCCUUUGGCGACGGAAAAGAUCCUUGGGAUGUGGUGGUGCACAACUACGGACACGUUCACCUUCAACGUAUCACCGAGAAUCGAUAGAACACUACUAUCGGAUGAAACGGUUCCUACGAAAAGACAGGUCCUGCGAACACUCAUGAUGGUUUACGACCCGUUGGGAUUGAUAGGAAAUUUUCUGAUGUAUCUAAAAAUUCUACUUCAGGAAAUAUGGCGUACCGGUGUAGCCUGGGAUGAUCCGAUAAGAGAAGAACAAAGCAGAAAGUGGCGCAUAUGGUUGGAUGUGCUACCAGCAGUUGCAACUGUCAGCGUACCGAGAUGCUACCGAUCGAUCGUACCCGUGAGUAAAAACACAUUGAUUCAACUCCAUAUGUUUGUAGACGCUUCGGAAAAUGGUUUUGCGGCUGUUGCUUACCUCAGGUUCCAAUACAAAAAUUGUAUUGAAUGUGCUCUGGUCGGAUCGAAAACUCGUGUCGCUCCAUUACGUUUUGUGUCAAUACCGAAGCUCGAACUACAAGCGGCAGUUCUCGGAGCCCAUCUAGCUAGUAGUAUUGAAGAACCGCACAAGUUGAAACCGGUCCAACGUUUUUUCUGGACAGAUUCGCGAGAUGUAAUAUGCUGGAUUUAUUCAGAUCAUCGUCGAUACAGUCAGUAUGUAGCGUUCAGAGUAUGCGAGUUGCUAGAAUCAACUGAGAUUUCGGAAUGGAACUGGAUAUCAACUAAGUUGAACGUCGCAGAUGAAGCCACAAAAUGGCAAAAGGUUCCUAGCCUUGAACCGUCGAGUCGUUGGUUUCGUGGUCCGGCAUUUUUGUGGAAGGCUGAAAAAGAUUGGCCGAUGUCAAAUACAAACUUUGGUAUCACUUCGGAAGAGCUUCGUGUGAGUUCACUGCAUCACUUCAUUCGGGAACCCGCGUUGAAGUUUGAGUAUUUUUCGAGCUGGGGACAACUUGUACAGCGCAUAGCAUAUGUGCGACGUUUUCCGCUGAAUGUACGCAAACGGCUCUUGAAUCAACCGAAGAUGAUUGGCCCACUGACCUACGAAGAACUGGUUGCUGCUGAAAAAGUGAUUUAUCGUCUUGUUCAGUUACAAUGCUUUUCUGAGGAAAUAUCGAUAUUGAACCGAACUGAAGGGCAAUCCGACAAGAUCGCACGAUCGAUUCCCAAGAAUAGUCCUCUGUACAAACUCAGUCCUAUGCUCGAUACUAAUGGGAUCCUACGAAUUCACGGUCGCAUAGACGAGUGCGAGUACGCCGAUGAGUAUACUAAACGUCCGAUUCUGCUACCAAAAACUACCUACCUGCUACCUGUUUGA